GUUCCUGCUGCACGAGACGCGUCUGCAGGUCAUGAUGAGCAUCUGAUUGUUUUCAGAAAUCAGUCUGUUAAGCUGCAGUAUGUCAAAGAAGAGAGGAAAGCACUCUCUGUCUGAGAUGAGUCUCUCAGAGAAACAGAGUGUAAGAUCAGGCUCACAUGUGUCCAGCUCUGUGUCUGUGAAGAGUAACCGGUCAAAAGGAGGUGAGCUACCAAACUUCAGUGAGAAAAAAACAUCAUCUACCAAAAGGCUUCAGUAUGAGACAUUAGAUGCAGACAUCCAGACUCAAAGGAACUACAAGAGUUUCAAAGACAAUCUCCUGGGAAUCUUCCAGGACCUUGAAAGUAAAAUAAUCAUAUUUCUGAAGAAUGAGCUGGAAAAAUAUAAGAAAAUGUUACAAAAAGAAGACUUACAAUACUAUGUGAAGGAUUUUAAUGAGAACAGAUGCAAUAUCAAAGAAGCAGCUCUUGAUCUCACACUCUACUUCCUGAGAGUGAUGAAGCAAGAUGAAGCUGCUGAUACUCUAGAAGAUGAGCUGAUCUUCAUUCAUCAGCUAAAAUGUUGCCUAAAGAAAAAGUAUCAAAGUGUAUCUGAAGGAAUUGCAAAGCAAGGUGAUGCUAAACUUCUGAAAAACAUCUACACAGAUCUCUAUAUCACUCAUGGUGGUAGUGAACAGGUCAAUACUGAACAUGAGAUAAGACCGAUUGAAGUUUCUUCCAGACAUCAUGAAUCACAAGAGAUACAAAUUGAGUGCACAAAGAUGUUUGAAGCUCCUGAACAAGACAAGGAGAUCAGGUCUGUACUGACAAAAGGAAUUGCUGGCAUCGGGAAAUCAGUCUCUGUGCAAAAGUUUGUUCUGGAUUGGGCCGAAGGAAAAGAAAAUCAGGAUAUCAGCUUCAUAUUUCCUCUUCCAUUCAGAGAGAUGAACUUAAAGCAGCAAGAAAAACUAAGUUUGAUGGACCUUAUAACUCAGUUUUUCCCAGAGACAAAAGGACUGAACCUUACAAGAAGAAAUAAUUUCAAAGUCUUGUUCAUCCUUGAUGGUUUGGAUGAAUGUCGACUCCCUGUAAACUUUAAGGAUAAUGAGACAUGGUCUUAUGUAUCGUCACCAGCCUCUCUGGAUAUUCUCCUGACAAACCUCAUCAAGGGAAAUCUGCUUCCCUCUGCUCUCAUCUGGAUCACCACCAGACCAGCAGCUGCCAGUAAGAUUCCUCCUGACUGUAUCGACCGGCUGACAGAGAUACGAGGAUUCAAUGAUGCACAAAAGGAGGAGUACUUCAAAAAAAGGUUCACGGAUGAGAAUCAGGCCAAAGAAAUUAUUGAUCAUGUUAAACAAUCAGAGAGUCUCUUUAUCAUGUGUCACAUCCCAGUCUUCUGCUGGAUUUCAGCCACUGUUCUCCAGAACAUUUUGGGGGAGAAAAGAAAUAAUGUUGUGAACCACAAUCAGGCUGAUGAAGCCUCUAAAACACCACAGGAAUCAAAUACUGAAGACACUCCUAAGACUCUGACACAAAUGUACACACACUUUCUCCGAUUUCAGAUCCAGCAGAGUCACCAAAAGUAUGGUGGAGAAUACACACCAGAUGUUUCCUGGGAUAAAGAUGUCAUCCUUUCACUGGGAAAACUGGCAUUUCAUCAGCUGGAAAGAAACAACGUGAUCUUCUAUGACACAGAUCUAGAAGCCUGUGGUAUUGACGUCUAUAAGGCAUCAGUGUAUUCAGGCAUGUGUACCCAGAUCUUUAAGGUGGAAACAGGGAUCAUUCUUGGUACCAUGUACUGCUUUGUUCACAUGUGCAUUCAAGAGUUUAUUGCAGCCCUUCAUGCACAUCUGUUUCUAGACAUUAACAGGAAAAGUGUGUUUGUUCAUGAGUCUACAGAACCAAAAACCAAAAAUGAAGCCAUGAUUGAUUUGCUUAAGACAGCAGUGGACAAGGCACUUGAGAGUGACAAUGGACACCUGGACCUUUUUCUUCGUUUCCUUCUCAGUCUGUCACUCCAGUCCAAUCGUCGACUCUUACGAGGUCUGUUGACACAGCAAGAUGACAAAGACGAGAGCAAAAAGGAAAUAGUUCAGUACAUCAAGCAGAAAUUUGAAGCUAAUCUGUCUCCAGAGAGAUCUAUUAAUCUGUUCUACUGUCUGAAUGAACUGAAUGACCAAACUCUGGUGAAAGACAUUCAGACCCACCUUAACAAAGGAAGUCUCUCAUCUGCUGAUCUUUCACCUGCCCAGUGGUCUGCUUUGGCCUUUGUGUUGUUGACAUCAGAGGAGGAGCUGGAGGAGUUUGAGCUUCAGAAAUUCAAGAAAUCAGACGAGUGUCUCAUUAGAUUAUUAGCAGUCAUCAAAACCUCCAAAGGAGCAAUGUUAAAUGAUUGUAACUUAACAGACAAAAGCUGUUCAGCUCUGGCUACAGUUCUUGGAUCAGAUACUAAUCUGAAAGAGCUGAACAUGAACGAUAAUAAUCUGCAGGAUUCUGGAGUGAAGCUGCUCUGCACUGGACUGAAGAAUAUACAGUGUAAAUUGGAGAUUUUGAGACUUUCAUGCUGCAGUAUCACUGAAGAAGGUUAUAAAGCUCUGGCUUCAGCUCUGAGAUCAAACCCUUCACACCUGAUAGAGCUGGAUCUCACAGGAAAUGAUCCUGGACAAUCAGGAGUGAAGGAACUCAAUGAUUUACUACAGGAUCAGAACUGUCAGCUGAAGACACUGAGGUUUUUGGGUGCUGCUGCAGAUGAAAGCUGUCAGUAUGUGACUGGAAUUGUGGGUAAAAACCCGUUACUCCUGAGAGAGCUGAAUCUGAGUGAACAUGAACUAGGAGACACACGAGUGAAUCAGAUCGCUGCUCUACUGCAGGAUAAACACUGUACACUCAACACACUGAAGCUGAAUAAUAACAGUAUUACAGAAGAAGGUUGUGGUGCUCUGACUUCAGCAUUUAAUUCAAAUCCUUCAAACCUGAUAGAGCUGGAUCUGAGUGGGAAUAAACUAGAAAACUCAGGAAUAGAGAAGAUCUGUCACCUGUUGGAAAAUCCACAAUGCAGGCUGGAGAAACUAAAACUUUCAGACUGCAGUAUCACUGAAGAAGGUUAUAAAGCUCUGGCUUCAGCUCUGAGAUCAAACCCUUCACACCUGAUAGAGCUGGAUCUCACAGGAAAUGAUCCUGGACAAUCAGGAGUGAAGGAGCUCAAUGAUUUACUACAGGAUCAGAACUGUCAACUGAAGACAUUGAGGUUUUUGGGUCCUGCUGCAGAUGAAGCCUGUCAGUAUGUGACUGGAAUUGUGGGUAAAAACCCGUUACUCCUGAGAGAACUGAAUCUGAGUAAACGUGAACUAGGAGACACACGAGUGAAUCAGAUCGCUGCUCUACUGCAGGAUAAACACUGUACACUCAACACACUGAUUCUGUAUAGAUGCAGUAUUACAGAGAAUCAGUAUCUCAUCCUGACUUCAGCUCUGAAAUCAAACCCAUCACACCUGAGAGAGCUGGACCUCAGUGUCAAUGAACUAGGAGACUCUGGAGCGAAAAACCUCAGUGAUCUACUGAUGAACCCACAAUGCAAGCUGGAGAAACUACAUCUGUAUAGAUGCAGUAUUACAGAGAAUCAGUAUCUCAUCCUGACUUCAGCUCUGAAAUCAAACCCAUCACACCUGAGAGAGCUGGACCUCAGUGUCAAUGAACUAGGAGACUCUGGAGCGAAAAACCUCAGUGAUCUACUGAUGAACCCACAAUGCAAGCUGGAGAAACUACAUCUGUAUUUAUGCAGUAUGACAGAGAAACAGUGUCUCACCCUGACUUCUGCUCUGAAAUCAAACCCAUCACACCUGAGAGAGCUGGACCUGAGCUGGAAUGAACUAGGAGACUCUGGAGUGAAAAACCUCAGUGAUCUUCUGAUGAACCCACGAUGCAAGUUGGAGAAACUACAUCUGUGUGGAUGCAGAAUUACAGAGAAACAGUGUCUCAUCCUGACUUCUGCUCUGAAAUCAAACCCAUCACACCUGAGAGAGCUGGACCUGAGCAGGAAUGAACUAGGAGACUCUGGAGCGAAAAACCUCAGUGAUCUACUGAUGAAUCCACAAUGCAAGCUGGAGAAACUAGAUCUGUGUGAUUGCAGUAUUACAGAGAAACAGUGUCUCAUCCUGACUUCAGCUCUGAAAUCAAACCCAUCACACCUGAGAGAGCUGAACCUCAGUGUGAAUCAAAUAAAAAACACAGGAGUGAAUCACUUAUGUGACGUACUGAUGGAUUCACACUGUAAACUGGAGAGAUUGAGUCUAAAUAACUGUGGUAUUACAGAUGUUUCUUCUUUAACUCAGUCUUUGACAAACACAAAAGCACUGCAGUUUCUAAAAGAGCUAAAUCUGAGAAUCAGUAACAUUGGAGACUCAAAGCAGCAGCUCAUUGAUGUGCUUCGAGACUCAAACUGUAAACUGAGUUUAGAUCCAUUGCUAAGACUCCCUGAUAGAGUUCAAUCACCAGCAGAUGAUAAAUCCUGUAUAUCAUAGUUUGAAAUCAUGAUGAGGAGCAGUAAACAUCAGGUGAAACAGCUUAAAGGAGUAAGCAGCUCAGAUGAGUCUGGCUUUUGUAGUGUUAAAGUGUUUGUGAACAGGAUGAACAAAGGCAGUGAGGAUAUCAAACUGAAGUCUUCUGUAUCAAACAGUGAUGUUGAAGGUUGGGGUUUCGAGGCUUCAGAUCUUUUUGAGGAUUCAUCAGUAAUAAACAGAAAACAAAGAGCAACCAGUUUAUAUUUGAUUUUUCAAUGCUGUUUUUGAAACAAAGCUAUUUAGCCUGUCUAUUUGUAUUUAGUGCAGUAGUAUGAAAUAUGUUGAGUGUCAUCUCUGUGCUGCUGCUGGUUUCUUCCAGAGUCUGUGUUUCUGGUGUUAGUGUAUGUCAGAGAUCCAGUUUGAUUCACCUUCAGUCUGUCUCGGAGUUUGUCAUCAUAAGACUUGCUUUUAUUGUUCUGUCUGUUGAUUUGAGUUAACAUGGUCAUGUUCAAAUAUCCACAUUAUCAAGAAUUAGCAGAAUCCCUGAAGGUCCAGCUGAAAAGUUCAUACAAAGGAAAAGCUUUGUGUGUUCUUUGUGUGAAACAAGUUUUUGAAGGCAGGAGUGUCAUUUUCAUGUUAAUACUUCCUGUUUUCUUACAUUUUAAAAAAAUGCAUUCUUUCAAUUUUGAUAUUUCUUUGUCCAUACGGAAGAUAAAAGAAUAAGACUAGACUCACAAACAGAACAGAAAUAUUACGGCCAUUUUUCUGUAGAUAUAUACAAACAAAACAGUAAAAACUGCAUUUUUACGUAUGUAGUUGUGUUCAAAAUAAUAGCAGUUUGUUUAAAAAAAGCGAGUAAAGCUCAAAAUCAAAAUUUACUUCAGUACACACAAAUGCACUGGGAACAUUGCAUUCUAUUCUAAAUCAAAACAUGAAGAAAAAAUUAGCAAAUUUGUUAUUACUUUACAGAAAGUGAAGAAAAAGGAAUAUUAGGCUGUUCAAAAAAUAGUAGAGUCUGCAUUUUUUCUUUACAAAGUCAAACAUUUACUGUAUAAACAGGAAAAUGCUUGAAGAUUUAGCUUUCUUGUGAAUGACUGAACUAACAUUUAGUUGUAUAGCCAUGGUUUCUGAGAACUGCUUCACAUCUGUGUUGCAUGGAAUCUGGAACCUGUGAACAGGUAUUCCAGCACAGGACGAUUGCACUACAUACCACAAUUCCUCUGCAUUUCUUGGUUUUGCCUCAGAAACAGCAGUUUUGAUGUCACCCCACAAGUUUUCUAUUGGAUACACAACUGUACGCAGCUAAAAAAUAUUAUUUUGUUUGAAAAGUUUAAGGGGCGAUCUUCAAAAUUGUUUAAGAAGAAACUGUGCUGCUCUGGCUAAUAUAUAAAGACAGAAAUGUUCCUAUUAUAUGUAUAUUUAAAGGUAUAGUUCACCCAAAAGAGUAAAUUGUCUCAUAAUUUACUCUCCCUCAUCUCAUUCCAAACAUCUAUGAUAUUUUAAGAAAUGUUUGUGUCUUUGGUUGCCAACAUUCUUCAAAACAUCCUUGUUUCACAGAAAGCAAGACACAUACAGGUUUAAACUACAUGAGGGGGGAUAAAUGAUGACAUAAUUUUUAUUUUUGGGUGAACUAUCUCUUUAAGACAUUUAGCACCUUUAUCUUUUAAGCACUUUUAACUUCAAAAUGAUUUUGUCUCAACAAAUUAGAAUAAGACCAAAAAAAAAAAAAAACAUUUUUAGUGAAUUGUUGGCCUUCUGGAAAGUAUGUUCAUUUACUGUAUAUGUACUCAAUACUUGGUAGAGGCUCCUUUUGCUUUAAUUACUGCCUCAAUUCGGCGUGGCAUGGAGGUGAUCAGUUUGUGGCACUGCUGAGGUGGUACGGAAGCCCAAGUUUCUUUGACAGUGGCCUUCAGCUCAUCUGCAUUUUUUGGUCUCUUGUUUCUCAUUUUCCUCUUGACAAUACCCUGUAGAUUCUCUAUGGGGUUCAGGUCUGAUGAGUUUGCUGGCCAGUCAAGCACACCAACACCAUGGUCAUUUAACCAACUUUUGGUGCUUUUGGCAGUGUGGGCAGGUGCCAAAUCCUGCUGGAAAAUGAAAUCAACAUCUUCAAAAAGCUGGUCAGCAGAAAGAAGCAUGAAGUGCUCCAAAAUUUCCUGGUAAACGUGUGCAGUGCAGUUUUCAAAAAACACAAUGGACCAACACCAGCAGAUGACAUUGCACCCCAAAUCAUCACAGACUGUGGAAACUUAACACUGGACUUCAAGCAACUUGGGCUAUGAGCUUCUCCACCCUUCCUCCAGACUCUAGGACCUUGGUUUCCAAAUGAAAUACAAAACUUGCUCUCAUCUGAAAAGAGGACUUUGGAUCACUGGGCAACAGUCCAGUUCUUCUUCUCCUUAGCCCAGGUAAGACGUCUCUGACGUUGUCUGUGGUUCAGGAGUGGCUUAACAAGACGAAUACGACAACUGUAGCCAAAUUCCUCGACACGUCUGUGUGUGGUGGCUCUUGAUGCCUUGACCCCAGCCUCAGUCCAUUCCUUGUGAAGUUCACCCAAAUUCUUGAAUGGAUUUUGCUUGACAAUCCUCAUAAGGCUGCGGUUCUCUCGGUUGGUUGUGCAUCUUUUUCUUCCACACUUUUUCCUUCCACUCAACUUUCUGUUAACAUGCUUGGAUACAGCACUCUGUGAACAGCUUCUUUGGCAAUGAAUGUUUGUGGCUUACCCUCCUUGUGAAGGGUGCCAAUGAUUGUCUUCUGGACAACUGUCAGAUCAGCAGUCUUCCCCAUGAUUGUGUAGCCUAGUGAACCAAACUGAGAGACCAUUUUGAAGGCUCAGGAAACCUUUGCAGGUGUUUUGAGUUGAUCAGCUGAUUGGCAUGUCACCAUAUUCUAAUUUGUUGAGAUAGUGAAUUGGUGGGUUUUUGUUAAAGAUUAAAAGAACCAAAAGACUUAAACUACUUCAGUCUUUGUGCAUUGAAUUUAUUUAAUAUACGAGUUUCACAAUUUGAGUUGAAUUACUGAAAUAAAUGAACUUUUCCACGACGUUCGAAUUUAUUGAGAUGCACCUGUAUUUUCUGCUGCUGUUGCUGAGUUUUGGAGGUGUGCGUGUGUUCAUACAGUAAUAAACUUCUAAAUCAUCAACAGACAUAUUAUUAAUAACCAGAUAAUGUUUAAACUGCACUGACUAUUUCUUUCUGAAUGUAUUGAAGUAAAAAGGUGA